AUAUUACGAGCAGAUGUAGGUUACCACACACAAUUUGUCCCCCCCUACCACAUUCCAUGCAUAUGGAGUGAUUUUUCUUUUUCCAUUCGCCACCCAACUCAACUUAUAAGUAUUAAUUUCGCACACACCACGCCAUUCACACCUCCUCCUUAUUCAAACAUUUUGCUCUUAAAUCUAUGCUUAACUUCUAUAUAUAAACUCACAUCUACUUGUACAUCUCUACAAGCAUUAUGGGAUUUUAAAGCUUCUUCAUUCACUCCUCCCUCCUUACCUACUUAUAAACCACCCUAUUUAUUCACCCUCAUGCGUCGUCGUUUUAUACGGACCUCCUCAAUUCCCGCGGUGAUAUUUCGUCCUCUCUAGGUCAAAGUUUUUUCUGUCGGUUAAUUAUGUCUCGUGUGGUUGAUGAAAAUUCAUCGCCGGAUGAUCAGCAAGAUAUUGAGCGUUUUGAUUCGGCUUCGCCGACGCUGGGGCAGUUACUUAAGUGCGUCGGCGAUGUGAGAAAGGAAGUUACUGGAGACGAGACUCCGGUUCAUCAGGCCGUGGAUAUGAGCAGCGCGAUGGGCACGGAGCCUCGCUCCGUGCCGUUCGUGCUGUCGUUCAGUAAUCUUACGUAUAGUGUGAAAGUUCGACGUAAGUUGACGUUUUCAAAUUUAUGCGGAGGCGGUAAAAGGAGUGUUGCGGGUUCGGCUGCACCAGCCGAACCUUUCGCAACAGAAAAUAUGUUUUCGAGAAGCAAGACGCUUCUCGAUAACAUAUCAGGGGAGGCUCGGGACGGAGAAGUGCUCGCGGUUCUCGGAGCCUCCGGAUCUGGAAAAUCAACGCUGAUUGAUGCUUUGGCGAAUAGAAUUGCGAAAGGGAGCUUGAAAGGAACGGUUUCGCUCAAUGGAGAACAGUUCGAGUCGCGGCUGCUCAAAGUCAUUUCGGCUUAUGUAAUGCAAGAUGAUUUGUUGUUUCCGAUGCUUACGGUUGAAGAAACUCUGAUGUACGCAGCUGAGUUUCGUCUCCCGAGAGCUCUUUCCAAGUCGAAGAAGCAGCUCAGAGUGCAGACUCUGAUUGAUCAGUUAGGUCUCCGAAACGCUGCGAAUACUGUAAUUGGAGACGAAGGCCACCGCGGAGUUUCUGGAGGCGAACGACGUCGUGUCUCGAUAGGAACCGAUAUUAUUCAUGAUCCGAUCCUGCUUUUUCUCGAUGAGCCGACUUCAGGACUUGACUCAACAAGUGCUUAUAUGGUGGUGAAAGUGUUGCAGAGAAUUGCGAAAAGUGGAAGCAUUGUCAUAAUGUCCGUACACCAGCCGAGUUAUCGAAUACUCGGAUUGCUGGAUCGCUUGCUGUUUCUGUCUCGCGGACAGACUGUAUACAGCGGAUCUCCAGCGAAUUUGCCUCUGUAUUUCUCUGAUUUUGGCGUUCCGAUGCCUGAAAAUGAAAACAGGACUGAAUUCGCGCUGGAUCGGAUCCGUGAGCUCGAGGCCACUCCUGGAGGGACUAAAAGCCUGGUGGAGUUCAACAAAACUUGGCAGAAUAUGAAAAGCAGUCGUCGAAACACGGCUUCUUACCUCAAUAGUCCUAGUCCUUUACACAAUUUAUCACUCAAAGAAGCGAUAAGCGCGAGUAUCUCGCGUGGAAAAUUAGUCUCCGGAGCUGUGAGCAGCGAUGUGACUCGCGCAUCUAUGGUGCCUAAAUUCGCCAAUCCGAUUUGGAACGAAAUCGCGGUUUUAUCAAGACGUUCGAUUACUAAUUCCCGGAGAAUGCCUGAGCUGUUUGGAAUUCGAGUCGGUACUGUCAUGACUACAGGCUUUAUCUUAGCCUCAAUUUUCUGGAAUUUGGAUAACACGCCCAAAGGCAUCCAGGAAAGGCUUGGAUUCUUCGCGUUUGCUAUGUCGACUACUUUCUAUACUUGUGCAGAUGCAUUACCCGUGUUUCUUCAAGAGCGUUACAUAUUUAUGCGUGAAACUGCUUAUAAUGCUUAUCGACGGUCCUCUUAUGUUAUUUCUCAUGCCAUGGUUGUGUUUCCUACGCUGAUUUUCCUCGCGGCCUUGUUUGCAACUCUCACAUUUUGGGCAGUGGGACUCGACGGUGGAUUAUCAGGCUUCCUAUACUAUUUCCUAAUUAUGUUAGCCUCGUUUUGGGCAGGGAGUUCUUUCGUGACAUUUCUAUCAGGAGUUGUGCCUAGUGUGAUGCUUGGUUACACAAUUGUGGUUGCGAUCCUAGCCUACUUUCUUCUGUUCAGCGGAUUCUUCAUCACGCGGAACAGAAUUCCUGAUUACUGGAUUUGGUUUCACUAUAUUUCGCUAAUUAAGUAUCCGUUUGAGGCAGUGUUACAGAACGAGUUUGAAGAUCCUAACAAAUGCUUUGUCCGUGGAAUUCAAAUAUUCGACAAUUCACCCUUAGGUGCUGUGCCUGAUGCAUUGAAGGUGAAGCUGCUGGAGGGAAUGAGCAAGACGCUUGGCGUGCCACUGAGCGCGACGACGUGCUUAACAACCGGAGCAGAUAUACUGAAGCAGCAAGGCGUUACGGAUUUAAGCAAGUGGAAUUGCUUGUUUGUGACUGUGGCCUGGGGAUUUCUGUUUAGGAUUUUAUUUUACUUUAGUUUGUUACUGGGAAGUAAAAACAAAAGGAACUGAUAAGAAGAAUAAAAAUGCAAGUAAAAGUUGGUUGGUUGUGUGAAACCAAAGUUUAUGUGGCGGGAAGAAAUGUGUGGAUUUUAUCUUAAUUUUUAUUUGAAUUAAAAUGUAAGUUUUUGCUAGUUUAUUAUAGUUGGAUUCAAAGGUAGGUGCAAAACUGUUGCAAAUACAGGUAAGUGUAGAUAAAUAUAAUUUUGUUAUUUAUAUUACUUUAUGGCAUAUGCAAUAAGAAUGCUACUAGCACAUGAUGUAUGUAAAUUUUACGUACUUGAAUCUGAAUUUAAAUACAUAGCAGAAUUUGAAUCCAAA